UGCUUGGCGCUCUUGAAGACGGACGCUGAGCGAGACCCUUAUUUAAAACACAUGCAUUAUCUCCCGAAAAAUUAACGCAUAACCGACCACCUUGCAGACUCAAAUGUGGUCAAAAUGUCCGCCAUCCAGCUGCUUUUCGUGCUGCUGAUCUCCCCCGCAGUGUUUGCGUCACGCUUGCCGCAUCCGGUCCUCCUCCAAGGGAAAGCCAACAAAAUCGCCUCUUUCAACACGUCCUGUGAUUCCCAAACGUUCAACAUCACGGUAGCCACGACUCGACCAUUCAAAGGCGUGGCCUUUGCCAGAGACUUCGCUCAUGAGUGCCUGGUGCUUGGCACGGGCAUUAACGAGCUGUUCCUCAGUCUGCCGGCUGCAGGUUGCGGAGUGCGCCUGAAGACAUCUGUGGACGAGGGUGGCCUAGCUCGGAUGACAUAUGGGGUGGCGCUGGUGCUGCAGCAGGACCGCUACUUGAGGCAGAUCUCCGACCAGGAUCAAAUGGUGCACUGUGAGGUGAAAGAUGAGGCGUUUCUCGUCAAAAGCCCGCCGAUGAUUGACGCCGUGAAGGGGGAAAUCAAACGGAGCAAAGCCAAUCACCGGUAGGUUCUGAUCGAAAUUUGGCGGUAUUGAGGCCAAUUGUAUAUACUUUCCUGACUGUGUUUCAAUUCCAAAUCAAAUUCAU